AUGGCCAAGAAUCCCUUGCACGGCUUCCUCCCGCGGAAUGUGACCGCGAAGCAGGUUUUACCUUCCGCAGAUAUCAAUCCAUUCACGAAAAGGCCAUCCAUGACAUCCUACAAAGAGAUCUUUAAGGCCAGGCAGAAGCGUCCCGUCUUCAGCCAGAUGCACGAAUUUUACGAGAUGUACUCAAAUAACCAGGUUCUGGUCAUGGUAGGGGAGACGGGUUCCGGAAAAACAACACAAAUCCCACAAUUUGUUGUCUACUCGGAUUUACCCCAAACCAAGGGCAAGGUUGUGGCAUGUACCCAGCCUCGACGUGUUGCUGCCAUGUCCGUGGCGAAGCGAGUCGCAGAGGAAAUGGAUGUUUCGCUAGGCAAGGAAGUUGGAUACUUGAUACGAUUUGAGGAUGUGACAGACUCGACGACAAUUCUCAAGUACAUGACCGACGGAAUGCUUCUUCGAGAGGCGAAUCCACUGAUAGCAAUGAACGACCCUAAUCUGGAGCGCUACUCUACAAUCAUAUUGGAUGAAGCACACGAACGAACCCUCGCCACUGAUAUCCUUAUGGGACUCCUCAAAACAAUUCUGAAGAAUCGUUAUGACCUCAAGCUGAUUGUCAUGUCGGCAACCCUCGACGCGGUCAAGUUUCAGAAAUACUUCAGCCUUCGCUCUGAUACGCCGGCCCCGCUAUUUAAGGUGCCAGGGCGAACACACCCAGUCGAGAUCUUCUACACUCAGGAGCCUGAGCGCGAUUUUGUGGAAGCAGCUAUAAACACAGUUCUGAUGAUCCACCGUGCUGAAGAUCCAGGCGACAUACUACUCUUCCUGACGGGUGAAGAGCAAAUUGAGGAUGCCUGCAAGAAAAUAAAGUUGGAAGCAGAUGAACUAGUGAACCAGCAUUCGGAGGCUGUUGGUCCGCUUUUGUGUCUUCCGCAAUAUUCAUCCAUGCCUCCCCAGCAACAGCAGCGGAUCUUCGGUAGUCCUCCCCAACCUCUGACUCCGGGCGGUCCCCCCGGUCGGAAAGUUAUCGUGUCAACCAACAUUGCUGAGACAUCCUUAACUAUUGAUGGCAUUGUUUACGUCGUCGAUCCUGGCUUCUCCAAGCAAAAGGUAUAUAACCCCCGUAUACGGGUGGAGUCUCUUAUUGAGACGCCUAUCUCGAAAGCUUCUGCUCAACAGCGGGCUGGUAGAGCUGGCAGGAUUCGACCUGGGAAGUGCUUCCGCCUGUACACCGAGGACUCCUUCAUGAAGGACCUCGAGGAGCAAACGCAUCCUGAAAAUUUGAGGUGCAACUUGGCGAAUACGGUGCUGGAGCUAUUCAAGCUAGGUAUAAAGGAUCUCGUUCAUUUUGAUUACUUGGAUGCACCUGCUCCGGAGACCAUUAUGCGAGCCCUAGAAAUUCUUCAUUACCUGGGAGCGUUCAAUGACGACGGACUCACCCCACUGGGUGCUCUGAUGGCGACUUUCCCUGUCGACCCGCAGUUUGCGAAGAUGUUAGUAGUCAGUCCAGAGUUUAAAUGCAGCAACGAAAUACUCUCUAUUAUCUCCAUGCUUUCAGUUCCAAAUGUUUGGUUACGACCACCAAACCAGCGCAAGGAAGCAGACGCUGCGAAGGCACUGCUGUCGGUCCCUGAUUGUGACCAUCUAACUCUUCUCAACGUCUAUAACAGUUACGUCCAAACAGACGGCCGUAAUAAAGGCUGGGCAUCCGAUAACUAUCUCAAUGCGCGAGCUUUGUCUCAAGCUGACAAUGUUCGAUCGCACUUGCUUUGUAUCAUGGAGCGUAACGACUUGGACUUACUUUCCAUCAACGACGAGAGGAGAUCAUACGACUCUAUCAAGCAGACCCUUUUGUGCGGACUCUUCACGCAGGUUGCCCACAAGCAAGGAGGGAGUUAUGUGACUGCCAAGGACGAGCAGAUUGUUGUGCUUCAUCCUUCGUGCAGUCUUGGAUCAGAGCCCGAAUGGGUCAUGUUCAAUGAGUUUAUACUCACAACCCGGCAGUACAUCCGAACAGUAACUGAGAUCAGGGUUUCCUGGUUACUCGAGUUCUCGUACAAUUACUUCGAUCCUACCACUUUCAAAGACGGAGAAAUGAAACGCGCGCUACAGAAGGCGAACGAGCGCAGAGGUGGGAAGGCGUCGGAUGCGACUUCUAGUGGCUCAAAUGGAGGGAACCGACGGGCGAAGAAGAGGCAAAGGAAAACUGAAGUUUGA